AUGGCGCUGCGGGCUGCCCAGCUCUUGUCGGCUCCUCUCGUCGCGGCCGCCCUGCUGCUGCUGCUCGGAGGACCCCGGGCCGGACUCUGCUGCCCGAGCCGCUGCCUGUGUUUCCGAACCACCGUGAGAUGUAUGCACCUGAACCUGGAGACCGUGCCGGCAGUGUCCCACCAGACCACCAUCCUAGACCUGAGGUUCAACAAAAUCAAGGAUAUACAACCGGGCUCCUUCAGACGAUUAAAGAACCUCAACACACUCCUCCUCAACAACAACCAUAUACGAAGGAUCCCCAGGGGGGCGUUUGAAGACCUGGAAAACCUCAAAUAUCUCUAUUUGUACAAGAAUGAAAUCCAAUCAAUUGACAGACAAGCAUUUAAGGGCCUUGUCUCUCUUGAGCAACUGUACCUGCACUUCAACAACAUUGAGUCUCUGGAACCAGAAUCAUUUACACAUCUACCCAAGCUGGAACGACUGUUUUUGCACAACAACAGAAUUACCCAACUCGUCCCGGGAACCUUCACUCAGCUUCAGGCCAUGAAGCGAUUGCGACUAGAUUCCAAUUCAUUAAACUGUGACUGUGAGCUGCUGUGGCUGGCCGACCUGCUGAAGCAGUACGCUGAGUCGGGAAAUGCCCAGGCCGCAGCUACCUGCGACUACCCCAGCCGCCUGCAAGGGAGAUCGGUGGCCACGCUCACCGCUGAGGAGCUCAACUGUGAGGUCCCCAGGAUCACCUCAGAGCCCCAGGAUGUGGACGUCACAUCAGGGAACACUGUCUACUUCACCUGCCGGGCCGAGGGCAACCCCAAACCACAGAUCAUCUGGCUCAGGAACAACAAUGCUCUAAACAUGCGUGACGACAGUCGUCUGAACCUGCUGGAAGACGGGACGCUGAUGAUCCAGGACACCAGGGAGACGGACCAGGGCGUCUACCAGUGCAUGGCCAAGAACGUGGCCGGGGAGGUCAAGACUUCACAGGUCACACUGCGAUAUUUCGGAGCCCCCUCACGGCCAAGUUUUGUGAUCCAGCCGCAGAACACGGAGGUGCUGGUGGGAGAGAGCAUUACCUUGGAGUGCAGCGCCACUGGUCAGCCACAGCCCCGGGUCACCUGGACGAAGGGCGACCGCACCCCCCUGCCCAAUGACGCUCGCAUUAACACCACCCCCUCUGGAGGACUCUUCAUCCAGAACGUGGACCAAGCGGACGGUGGACAAUACACCUGUUUCGCCUCCAAUAACGUUGAUACCAUACAUGCAACGGCUCAUAUCAUCGUACAAGCGAUCCCCCAGUUCACACUCGCACCACAGGACCAGUCAGCGCUGGAGGGUCACACGGUGGACUUCCCUUGCGAGGCCAGUGGUUACCCGCAACCGGUGAUCGCCUGGACGAGGGGGGGCAGUCCUCUGCCACAGGAUCGGCGCCACGUGGUCCUGUCCUCCGGGACUCUGCGCAUCACUCGGGUGGCGGCCCACGAUGAGGGCCAGUACGAGUGCCAGGCAGUCAGCCCCGUGGGCACUGUACACGUAGCUGCUCAGCUCAGCAUCCAGCAGAGAGUAACGCCUGUUUUCACAAAUGCUCCAAGGGACCUGACGGUUGAGUCUGGCCAGGAUGUCCAGAUUCCCUGCAGCGCUCAGGGCCAGCCGCAACCCGUCCUCACGUGGAACAAGGAUGGUGUGCAAGUGACAGAAAGUGGCAAGUUCCACAUCAGCCCUGAGGGAUACCUGGAGGUGAAGGACGUGGGCACUGCCGAUGGUGGACGCUACGAGUGUGUCGCUCGCAAUCCCAUCGGCAUCCAGGUUGCUACCAUGGUGCUAACUGUCACGGUUCCUGCAGUGAGCAGAGAGGGAGACACCUUCGUGAGCACAUCCAUCGAGCAGGCCAUCCGUAAUGUGGACAGUGCUAUUGAGUCCACAAGGAGACGUCUGUUUGAUGGUGAGCCUCGUACCCCAGGAGAGCUGCUAGCUCUUUUCCGGUAUCCUCGUGACCCCUACACGGUGGAGCAGGCGCGUGCGGGAGAGAUCUUCGAGCAAACUCUUCUGCUCAUCCAGAACCACGUCAACCAGGGUCUCAUGGUCGACACCAACGGCACCGCCUUUCGCUACAACGACCUGGUCUCCCCCCACUUCCUGGACGUGAUCGCCAAUCUGUCCGGCUGCAUAGCUCACCGCCGCUUCAACAACUGCUCCGACAUUUGCUUCCACCAGAAGUACCGCAGCCAUGACGGCACCUGCAACAACCUGCAGCACCCGAUGUGGGGCGCCUCACUCACCGCCUUUGAGCGUCUCCUGAAGCCCGUCUAUGACAACGGCUUCAACCUGCCGAGGGGCGCCAAUGAGCAGCCGCACAACGGAUACAGGUUGCCGCUGCCGAGGCUGGUGUCCACCAUAAUGAUCGGGACAGAGACCAUCACUCCUGACGACCGCUACACUCACAUGCUGAUGCAGUGGGGUCAGUUCCUUGACCACGAUUUGGACUCAACGGUGGCCGCCCUCAGCCAGUCGAGGUUCUCCGACGGUCAGCUCUGCGCUCAGGUCUGCACCAAUGACCCGCCGUGCUUCCCAAUCCAGUUCCCUGCCAAUGACGCGCGGCAGCUGCGUAGUGGCGCCCGCUGCAUGUUCUUUGUCCGAUCCAGCCCUGUGUGUGGCAGCGGGAUGACAUCUCUACUCAUGAACAGUGUUUACCCGAGAGAACAAAUCAACCAGUUGACUUCUUACAUCGACGCUUCAAACGUUUACGGCAGCUCACGGCACGAAUCAGAGGAGGUCAGAGAUCUGGCCAGUCAGAGGGGUCUGCUCCGGCAGGGGAUCAUACAGAGAACAGGGAAGCCACUCCUACCGUUUGCCACUGGACCACCGACUGAGUGCAUGAGGGACGAGAACGAGAGUCCGAUUCCGUGUUUCAUGGCGGGAGACCACCGGGCGAAUGAGCAGCUUGGAUUAACUGCCAUGCACACGGUGUGGUUCAGAGAACACAACCGCAUCGCCACCGAGCUACUGAGGCUGAAUCCUCAUUGGGACGGGGACACCAUCUACCACGAGGCGCGGAAGAUCGUAGGAGCCCAGAUGCAGCACAUCACCUACAGCCACUGGCUGCCAAAGGUCCUGGGCGAGGUGGGCAUGAAGAUGAUGGACUCCUACGCCGGUUACGACCCAAAUAUUAACUCGGGCAUCCUCAGCUCUUUCGCCACCGCUGCUUUCCGCUUCGGCCACACCCUGAUCAACCCCAUCCUCUACAGGUUGGACGAGGAAUUCAAGCCAAUCCCCCAAGGGCACAUCUCUCUGCACCGCGCCUUCUUCUCCCCGUUCCGCAUCGUCAACGAGGGUGGCAUCGACCCGCUGAUCCGUGGGCUGUUUGGCGUCGCCGGUAAAAUGCGGGUCUCCACUCAGCUGCUGAAUACAGAGCUGACGGAGAGGUUGUUCUCAAUGGCCCACGCCGUGGCUCUGGACCUGGCUGCCAUGAAUAUACAGAGAGGGAGGGAUCACGGCAUUCCUCCGUACAACGAUUUCAGGACCUUCUGUAACUUGACCUCAGCUCAAACGUUUGAGGAAUUGAGGAACGAGAUUAAGAACGCAAAUGUCAGAGAGAAACUACAGAGGCUGUACGGCAGUCCUCUGAACAUCGACCUGUUCCCUGCCCUGAUGGCCGAAGACCUGGUCCCCGGCAGUCGACUGGGGCCCACCCUCAUGUGUCUGCUGGCAGCUCAGUUCAAACGCCUGCGAGAUGGUGACAGAUUCUGGUACGAAAACCCAGGCACGUUCACUCCUGCCCAGUUGACCCAGUUGAAACAGACCUCGCUGACACGGGUGAUGUGUGACAAUGGCGACAACAUCACUCGCAUCCAGCGCGACGUCUUCAGGGUGGCAGAGCUGCCCCACGGCUACGGCAGCUGCGACGACAUCCCUCAGAUUGACCUGCGCAUGUGGCAGGACUGCUGCGAAGACUGCAGAACCAAGGGUCAGUUCAACGCCCUGUCCUACCACUUCAGGGGACGCAGAUCAGCUGAGCACAGCUACAAAGAGGAUGAUCCUGCCAACAGCAUCCCGGAGAACAGCCCGGCGGAGGGAACCACAGAAGCUGUAGUAAACGUUACUCUGACCUCCAAAACAAGCACUGAACCUUCGGUCAACGACUUCCAGGAGUUUGUCUCCGACAUGCAGAAGACGAUCACAAGUUUACGAAAGCAGAUUAAAAGACUUGAAACCCGUCUGAGCAAGACUGACUGCACUGAUAGCGAGGGACGUGAGCGGACAGAUGCAGAGCGGUGGAAAAAGGACUCCUGCACCACGUGUGAAUGCCAGGAUGCCCAGGUGACCUGCUUCGUGGAGUCUUGUCCACCAGUCGAGUGCAAACGGCCCGUCAAGUUAAAAGGCGCCUGCUGCCCUGUUUGCCUCGAUCACGCAGACGUUGAGAAGCAACAGGAAGCGGACUUCAACAACAACAACUAA